AUGGGAACUUCAAAUAAGUGGGCGGCAUCCACACGAGUUCAAGGUAUUAUCACAAAGGGCUCGGCAGGCCGGAAUCAUUUCUACGUGAAAUCGUACAAGAUUCUCUACAGUAAAGACAGGAAGUUGUGGAAGGUCUAUAAAAGCGCCAGCAGUAAGGAGGAAAAGGUUUUUGAGGGCAAUACGGACAAUGAACAGGAAGUGCGGAAUGACUUCAUCCCGCCCAUCAUGGCGCGCUACAUUCUCAUCCAGCCCCAGACGUGGCACAACAGAGUCUCCCUGAGGGUCGGCGUGCUGGGCUGUGCCACCCCCAGAAUCAGGUCCUUCCGGCCCUUCGCCAACGUGCCUCCAGUCACCCCCCUCACAGUCAACAUUCCUGAGGGUCCAACCACCACUGGCGGACCGGUCAUUAUCAAGAACCAGGACACAGGUCUGAGAGCUUCCAAUCUGGUGGUGAUACUGGCCGUGGUGGGGCUACUGGCAGUCUGCGUGCUGGUCCUGGUUCUGUGUCUGUGCAGAAAGAAAAGGAAGAGUGCAGCUGAAGUGAAAUGUUCGCUUGUGAAAGGUUGUCAGAGUUCAGGGGGAAAGAUGCAGAGCUGUUGCCGUGGAAACCUGCCUCUUUUGGAGUCGGAGCUGAUGUUGUACCCCGUGGAGAGGGGCGUCCCUGGAGAUCUCAACAAGGUCCCCCUCACGGACUAUGCAGAGCCGGAUCUGAUUGCCGGGGGCAAGGCUGGACAGAAAACAGGGUCCACAUUCCGGCCUGCAGCUGACGAGGGCUACACCAUCCCUCUGAUCUUCAACCACUACGACGUUCCGGGGCAAUUCCACGAGUACGCAGAGCCUCUGCCGCCAGAGCCUGAGUACGCCACCCCCUUCACCGAGCCGCCACAGGACCCCGGAGGUGGAGAGGCCAAGAAGAACAUCUGUGUGGUCAAAGUGGUGUCCCCCUGCCAGGGCACAGGACUCAACAACAUGGGCAGCUCACAGCUAGCCCGGUAUGACUGUCCUCCGCAGAGAUCACUGCUCACGGAAGAGAAUCCCCGAUACAAAAUUCCCCAGGCUGCUGCAGACAGGGCAAGGAAAAGCAAUGUAGUUUAUGCCGAACCGCAGGCCAGAGACUCUUUGAACCAUAUGUACUAUGAGCCAUUAUGAUUGAGGAGAACAGUCCGAAGUUCCUUAUGGGUAGAUUUAAACAUAAAUGCAGCUUUGUGAUCAACAUUAUUUCAUCUUUCUAAGCGCUAUUCAAACAAGUUCUAAAGCGCCACUCAAUUGCAUUCCCUAUGGUCGCUGCGAAUGAAGAAUUUGCCAGUAUAGCGGUCUUUUAUUGAAGCAGGGUUGUAUUUUAUACCUGGUCCUUAACAGUCAGGAAAAGCGCUUUUCUUUUAGGGUUACAAAAGCUCCAAGGCUGGUAUAUAUACCUGUAUAUAUUAUAUUAUAUUCACAACGGACGUCGAUUUUCAUGGCUUGUUUGCACUACAUGCUAUAACUGGGAACAGGGUUCUUGAAUUGCUUCCCGAAAAACUAAUGUUGGUGAUUCUCAGUAUCAAGGGCGGUUACUUCUGUGGUCUGUUUAGUAAUUAGAUGAACUUUGGAAACGACUAGACCGUUAUAGUAAGAUGUAUUUGAUCAUUCACAGGUCAGAUGUUGGGUGCUACCUGAAGUCAGUAUGUGGCGUGACAUGUCAUCUUACUAAAUGAACUGCAAUGGCAAUGCAAUGGUUCUGUAUUAAGGGGAAAUUACUAAUGAAAGUGUAUCUGUUAAAUAUGUAAGUGUCCCCCUCGUGAGAGCAUUUUAUUAACUCGUGCUUCUGUGUCCAACACUGCAAAAUGAAUUGCUUUUAACUCUGGGGCUGUACAUGUCACAUGCUUCUGACAAAAGUAUUUGUAUUUAUUAAAUAAGAGUCUGCAUUAAAAAUCAAGUUAAAACUAUAAGAAGUCAAUUAUGCAAACGUUUUGGCUCGUGCCUUCUUGAGUGUGCGUCACGUAACCAGUGCACGGAUAUACAGAGGGUCCUCACUAUCUCGUAAUAGGUGCUCAGUACCUGAAAGGUUGUAUAAAAUCAGAUUUUUGGCCAAUGCAGUCUGAAAUAUAGGGGGCUAAGAGUGGAUGAUAAAAGUUGAUAAAUGUAUGUGACAGACGGACACUAUUGGUGCAAAAGGGUACCUGUUUUUUGAAAGAGGACUCCCAAACCAAGCAAAGAAUAUACAUGUUUUCAGCACUAUAAGUGGAGGACCAGUGAAGACUCUUAUUUUUCUACUGAACUUUUUGAAUAUCUCUUACACUUUUCACUUAUUGGGAUGUAUACUGACACAUUGAAUUCAAUUUGACUUGUGGCUCAGCUAUCCUUAUAGAAGAACAUGUUACUGGCACAGUACUACAGCAUGCCAGCUAAAGCAAAAACAGUGAAGUUUAAUAACAGUUUCAUCUGGGACCCUGAAAUACUGGUUUGCCACGUUUUUUUGUAUAUUGAAUUGUGUUUUCAGAUUUUAAAUUCACUAUAUGUCAUUGUUAAAUCGUCCAUUGCAGCUUAUUAUGGGAUGUGCCAUCUUACAGCAGUGUUUUAAUCAAAUGAUGAACAAAAAGUAUUUAAAAAAAAAAAGUGAGUUGAUGUGUGACUUUAUUUCAUGUCGCGAUCAUUUACAGUUUUAUACUAAAAUAAAAGUAAUUUAUAUCUGGGGUA